AAUUACAGAGAAAUUAUUUUAUAGAAUAGCAUGUCUUAGCAAUUAAUCCGGCAUAGCCAAAGACACGACACCACUCACUACCAGUAAAUUGACUCACUGUACAAGACCUCACCCCUUCACUUCACUCUACUGCAGGGUGGGAGAUGCAACAAUGGCCUUGAGAACAGCAGGAAGUGUGUUGGUGGUCUUUCUCUGGUCUGUAGCAGUGGCACUGGGUCAGGAUGGCUGGAGUGUGACUUACACCACUCAGAGUAUCUGUACCUUCAAGGAGUCAACAGUAGAGCUGUCCUGCUCUUACACAUAUCCCAGUGGUACAGUCACAACAGCCUUCUGGUACACUGAAUCGGGGACUGGUAAAGAACCUGAAGAUCUAGGUCAGGACCCAGAGUAUGCAGGUCGUCUGGAGUAUCAUGGGGAUAAGAAGAAUGGUCACACACUGAGGAUCACAGACUUGAGAGAGAGUGACUCUGCUGAGUACAAGUUCAGAUUUAUAACAGAUCAGACUGGAGGGAAAUAUAUUGGCAGUCCUGGAGUCACUCUGUCUGUUACAGGUCUUCAGGUGAAGGUGACUGGUGGACAUCAGGAUAAGACACUGACCUGUAGCACCACCUGUACUCUGACUGACAACCCCACCUACAUCUGGUACAAGAACGGACACAAAGUAAAGGAGGACACUUCUAGCUCGCACACAGACUCCUUUAGUAAUGCAGACAGUUACUCCUGUGCUGUAAAAGGCCACGAGGAUCUCCCUGCUCCAGCAGUGUGUAAGAAGUGUUGGAGUGUGACUUACACCCAUCAGAAGAUCUGUGCUUUGAAGGGGUCAACAGUGAACAUAUCCUGCUCUUACACAUAUCCCAGUAAUCAUGAGAUCAAAACAGCUUUCUGGUUUACUAAACGGGAGUCUGGUAUUGGUCCUAAAGAUCUAAGCUCAGUGCCAGGGUAUGAAGGUCAUAUAGAGUACCUUGGGGAUAAGGAGAGUGACUGUACCCUGAGAAUCACAGAUCUGAGAUUGCGUGACUCUGCUGGGUACAGGUUCAGAUUCAUAACAUCUGGAGAAAAGUUCUCUGGCUCACCUGUCUCCCUGACUGUCACAGAUGUUGUGUUGGAGAUGGAUCCUACAUCUGUGUCAGAGAGGGAGAAUGUGACACUGACAUGUAAAACCAACUGUACACUGGACCCCAUCACAGUCUACAGUUGGUUUAAGAAUGGACAGCCUAUACCAAACAGCAACACCUCCUCUCCUAUCUAUAUCCUAUUCUCAGUCAGCAGUGAGGAUACAGGCAGAUUCUCCUGUGCUGUAGAAGGACAUGAGUAUCUCCCCUCUGCUGAAGAGACUCUCACUGUCAGAUAUGGCCCAAAGGACACCUCAGUGUCAGUCAGUCCCUCUGGUGAAAUAGUGGAGGGCAGUUCAGUGACUCUGACCUGCAGCAGUGAUGCCAACCCACCUGUGGAAAACUACACCUGGUACAAGAGGAAUGUAACCUCACCAAAAGCAUCAGGACAGAGUUACACCAUCCAUAAUGUCAGCUCUGAGGACAGAGAGGGAUACUACUGUGAGGCUCUGAAUAUUAUAGGGAGAGAGACUAUCCCUGUCCAUAUUAAUGUUAUAUCAGUGUUUUCCUGGGUUCCUGUGGUGGGGGUGGGGGCUGUCCUGACUGCUGGAGCUCUUCUUGUCACCAUCUACUGCUAUAUGAAGAGGAGAUCCACAGGAGGAAGUGAUGCCACAGCAGACACACUGAUUCAGGGACUCCCCUGUGACAAAGCCCCUCAGAUAGAUGCUGAGCCCCCCGAUUAUGAGAACUGGAGCGAACCACCAAAGAACCUGGAAAGUGACACAGCCCCUCAGAUAGAUGCUGAGCCCUCCGAUUAUGAGAACUGGAGCGAACCACCACAGAACCUGUACUGAAGAGAACCACCACAGAACCUGGAUUGAAGAGAACCACCACAGAACCUGGACUGAAGAGAACCACAACAGAACCUGGA